AUGGCUGCUCAACAACCACAACCAUCCGCUGCAUUUCUGGCAGAGACGCAGGGCCCAACGGUCAAGGCUGUGAUGUGGUGGAUGACGGGGACGGCCAUGCUGUUUCUGGGCCUCCGCCUCUUUGUUCGCCUUCAUCUGAAGCGGGUCUUUGGAUGGGACGAUCUGAUUGCUGGCGUUGCCGUGGCCUGCCUGGUCGGAUACACUGCGGUCUGCCACGUAUCAGCAGACAUCGGACUGGGUCGGCACAUUCAAUAUGUCUCUCAGAACCCACAGAAUCUAAUCAGCGUUGCACGAUACAGCAGUAUCGGUCAGACACUAGCUAUCAUGGCAUGCGCGCUAGGAAAGACUUCGUUUGCUGUGACGCUGCUCCGGAUCGUCAUUGACCGGUGGAUAAUGUGGCUGCUCUGGUUCAUCAUCAUAACAUUGAACAUCGCAAACCUGUUGGCGGCAAUAUUCGUCUUCGUGCAGUGCAGAGAUCCGAGAUCAAAUUGGGACCCCAGCAUCGUGUCGCAGUGCUGGCCGGACCAUGUCUUUACCGAUUACUCGCUUUUUGUUGGGGCGUACUCUGGAUUGCAGGAUUUCUUGCUGGCGCUUCUCCCGUGGACUAUCGUGUGGAACCUUCAGAUGAAGAAGAAGGAGAAGCUGGGUGUUGCUUUUGCUAUGAGUCUGGGUAUUUUUGCCGGCGCAGCAGCUAUCGUCAAAACAACCUACCUCUUGAGACUCUCCGAAAAGACGGACUUCACUUGGGAAAUAGUCCCCCUCCUCAACUGGGCGGCCGUAGAAGACGCCCUAACAGUCAUCGCCUCCUCAAUCCCAACGCUAAAACCCCUCCUCAUACGGGUCUUCCCCUCAUCAACCGCUCAGGAGAGCUACAACAUGUUUCCACUACCGCCAUCGUACCAAAAACGAUGCAACAUCCGGUUUGAAGCUUCUAUUUUUGCGACGCAGGUGGAUAGAGAACGAGAGCAUAUGGAAAUCCGCGAUCACACCAGUCAGGCCUCAAUACUGCCUCCGUCGAGAGAUUUGGAUCAUAAAAAUCAGAUCAAUAUGACGACGGAGGUAUCGGUUUCGUAUAGGUCGAAUGAUAUUGCUUGA